AUGGCUCCACCGUCGUCCCCCACCAGUCUCCAUAUAAAAUAUGUCGUAUUUCCACCAUCCGGCAAGCCUCCUAGUGCAACCACCACUUUGUUCCUCGUUUUAGUAGGUGGGAGAGGUAUGGAAAUCGAAGGUAACUUCAUGAAGUUCACGGGGAUUGGUGUGUAUCUGGAGGAUAAAGCUAUUCUGUCACUCGCCGUUAAGUGGAAGGGAAAAACUACAGUUGAGUUGACAGAUUCCAUUGUGUUCUUCAGAGACAUUAUUACUGUCAAGUAUCAUGGAAAACGACCUUUUAAAAGGGUAUUCAGAAUUCAGGAACCUGUUUUUGUUGCAUUUUCUGCUCUGAAUAUAGCAAUGAACUUUCAUGGGUGGAUUUCCUUCUUCAUUCUUUUGCAUUACAAGCUACCUAUGAAACCAGAUAAGAAGCCUUACUAUGAUUAUGUUGGUCUUUGGUAUUUAUAUGGGCUUCUAGCAUUGAAUUUGUGGUUUGGGAGUGUUGUUUUUCACAGCCGGUGA